CACUGGCGUGCGCGCACCGCGUCAUCUGCGCAUCUGUCGUUCUACACGUGUGCACGUGAUAAAAAACUCUUUUCACAGAAAGUUUUCUUUUUAAACAGAAAAAAACUUUACGAAACUUAUCCGAACAAGAGGAGAGUAUCUUGUGGGACCGUUUUAGUGAGAACUGUGACUGUGUUUUGGACCGUGCUGCGGCCGUGUUUUGUUUACGUUUUUGGCGCGAACGAGAUAACGAGUUAAGAUGCGGAGGCGAGCGUUGGCCAUCGGAGUGCUACUAGUAUUACAUAUGAGCGAAACUCUAAGCGACCAAUCGUCUAACGAGAGCGGUGGCGGCGGCAAUGCCGGUGCAGACUCCAAUAGCGCUGCCGAGCCGUCUGCGGACCAGCUCGCCAUGGAGUCAGCGGAGAGGGAGACCCCGAGCCAUGCGUACAGUGGCCCUCCACCACCGGCACCUCCACCGCAUAACAGGCGACAGAAUCCACCGCAUCAUCAGCCUCAUCAUCCUUUAGGCAUGCCAAGGAUUCCUAACCAUCACGCGAUCCACUCAAAGCCUUUUGCACUAGGACCAGUAAGCCACCACAAGAACGACAUCGGGCCAGGUUUCCGGGGACCACCGCCUCCACCAGCACCUCCUGCUGAUGCCCAAACUUCUGCCAGUGAUAAGGUCUUUAGCGGCGCCGGCGAUGUCUGGCCUGCACCUGCACCCGAUAUGCCCAAAAUAGUCUCGCUAGAUGUUAAAUGCGAAAAGAAUGCUAUGCGUGUCUUUUUAAGCUUCGACAAACCAUUCUUCGGUAUAGUUUUCUCUAAAGGGCAUUAUUCAAACCACCAAUGCGUCCAUCUCCCACCCAAUCUAGGUCGGUCAUCAGCUUCGUUUGAAAUUGGAGCCCAUGCUUGCGGCACAGCUGGUAGCGGUGAUCCAAGAUACAGAGGGGACGUUGCAGCAGCUGGCACAUAUUUCGAAAACGUCAUCGUUAUACAAUACGACCCACAAGUGCAGGAAGUUUGGGAUCAAGCUCGUAAGCUCCGUUGCACAUGGCAUGACCAGUACGAAAAGGCAGUUACAUUCAGGCCAUUCCCUGUCGAUAUGCUAGAUGUUGUACGAGCCGACUUUGCUGGUGAUAAUGUAGGUUGCUGGAUGCAGAUUCAGGUUGGUAAGGGUCCUUGGGCUUCUGAAGUAUCUGGAUUAGUAAAGAUUGGUCAAACGAUGACAAUGGUGCUAGCAAUCAAGGACGACGAUGCGAAAUUCGACAUGCUUGUUCGUGAUUGUGUGGCUCAUGAUGGUCAACGCGCACCUAUACAAUUAGUCGAUAGGCGGGGUUGUGUAACCAGACCGAAAUUGAUGUCAAGAUUUACAAAAAUAAAGAACUUCGGUGCUAGUGCUAGCGUUCUAUCAUACGCACAUUUCCAAGCUUUCAAGUUCCCCGAUUCCAUGGAAGUGCACUUCCAGUGUACUAUACAGAUUUGCAGAUAUCGAUGCCCAGAGCAGUGCUCGGAUGGUGCUCACAAUGUUAUCGCACCACAUGCUGAGUAUGGACCCCCUCAAUUGGAUGCUUACCCAGUAGGAGCCGAAGCCAGAAGGGACGAACGGCGUGUGAGAAGGCAGAAACGAGCUACAUCCCCUGAAAAGGAAGUAGGUGUGAACAGAGUUAUUCGAGUUGUAUCUGCUGGAGACUUAAAUAUGGACUCAUCAGAAGAAAAUACUGCGCCUAGGAUUGUCCCUACUCCUGGGCUCGUGUGUAUGACCACGCCUGGUUUUGCUGCAACGCUGGGAGCGCUUUUAGCUACUCUGCUGUGUUCUUGCGCUGUAUCAGCUGUAUUAUUUAUAAAAUUACGUCCCAUGACCUCACUGAAAAAGAAGACCGCUACAAUCGCAACGAUAGCCCGACCGCACCCUCCACCCACCGCUCACGUAAUUUCCAAAAGUCGGUUCUACUCAUAACAACGUCUUUAUAACUCAAUUUGUACAUAUUAGUGUGAUGAGACUGAAGUAUUUAGAUCAUGCCAAUUUAUUUAUUUGUGUGUUAUGCCAGUGCUCAAUCAAAAAUAGUUACUGAUGUUGUGAAAUCAUUAAUAAUUAUGUUAUUUUUUAUUUGAUUUUUAUUAUAUCAGUACAAAUAUGAACGAUAUCAGAAACUUUAGUUGAAUUGUUUCCUAUGUGUACCUAUUUGGGUACGGUUCAAUAAUAUUCGUGGAUAUUUAAAGCGAGGCUUAUAAACUUCCGAUCAUCUAAAUAAUAAUUAUUUGAAUCGAGAAAAUGUAUACACAAAUGUAGUAAGUAUUAAAUGUAUGAUAAGUACAAUCUUCUGUUACCUCUUUUCGAAUUUCUCACUCAUUUGAAUAAGGGGCAACGGAAAAUAUUUAUGUAUAUGGUGUAUCAACAUUUAGGUGAACCGCUAGAGUAUAAUUUAAAAUAACUUGUCAUUAGUGUUAAUAUUAUUUAUUUUAGUUAAGUCGUCAUCGUAGUCAUAUUACUACCUUAUUUAUUUUUAUACCACCUGAGUACCUCUUCGCCUGUUUUUAAUGUUAUUAGUUUUGUUUUCUUCGUUUUUGUUACAAAUUCUAUCUACUGUUAUAUGAAUUGAUUAUCCUCAGUAUAAUGUAAGUUGUUCAAUGUUGUAGUGUCUGCGAAUGUAGUGAAUGCACACCUACCUUCAUCCCCAAUGUGAUGUGUCGAUGAUUCUGUAAUAAAGAAAAUAAUUUGAAAAAAUAAAAGCAAC